AUGGCCUCUUGCGCGGCAAUUCUGGAGCUGCACACCUUCGACCCUGCGGCGUUGAAAGACGCUGCACGCGAGCAGGGGGUGACACUGACAGAGAUUCUGGCCAUCAAGGGCUUCGGGUCGGGAUUGGAGAUGGCCUUCGCGGCGGAUGCCUGGGAAGUGGCCAAGGGCUUUGACUGCUUAGUUUGGGAUGGAGAUUGGUUGAAGGAAGACAGCUUCACCAGCUUCAUUGCUGAGUUCCUGAAGGAGCCAAGGCACCAUGGCCUAGCCUUCCGCAAGGCCUCGGGCAAGCUGGACGGGUUCCUGCAGUCGUGGAGCCCGACAGGGCUGCUGGGGCGCAUUGUCCUGGUGCUCGUCUCUGAUGAAUGCGUGGAGGGCGCCCGGACGGAAUUGCGAAGCUAUGGCGUGCCCGAGCCAGAUCUAGAUGACCUUUGCCUGGGAUGGCUGUCGAUGCGUCUCACAGGCGCCCGAACGGUGCUGGCUGUCGGCGGUGGCCACACGACCGCCCGCGAGGCCCAGGCGACGCUGCGGCUGCCGGACAUGGCGCGGCCGCGUUGGGAGGUGCUUCCCAUUUGCCGCACCAAAGAAGGCCGCCAGGAGCCGCCUGAGGAGCUCCUGGAAGCCCUCUGCGAGCGUUCUUGCUAA